GGCGCGGAUGGCGGCGGCGCGGCGCGCCUGAGCGGGCGGGGGCCAUGAGCGCCGGCCGGCCUCAGUUCAGCAUCGAUGACGCCUUCGAGCUGUCCCUGGAGGACGCGGGUCCCGGGCCCGAGUCCGGCGGGGUCGCCCGCUUCGGGCCGCUGCACUUCGAGCGCCGGGCCCGGUUCGACGUGGCCGACGAGGACAAGCAGUCCCGGCUGCGCUACCAGAACCUGGAGAACGACGGGGAGGGGGCGCAGAGCUCUCCGCAGCCCGACGGGAGGACCGGCACCAGGGAUUCGGGCCGAACCUCCAUCCGCAGCUCCCAGUGGUCGUUCAGCACCGGCAGCACCAGCACCCAGCGCUCCUACAGCGCCUGCUGCAGCUGGACACUGCACCCCUUGAUCCAGAAGAACCGCCGCGUGGUGCUGGCCUCCUUCCUGCUCCUGCUGCUGGGGCUGGUGCUGAUCCUGGUCGGCGUGGGACUGCAGGUGGCGCCCUCUCCAGGUGUCUCCAGCGCCGUCUUCUUCGUGCCCGGCUUCCUGUUGUUGGUCCCAGGAGUCUACCACGUGAUCUUCAUCUACUGCGCCGUCAAGGGCCACCAGGGCUUCCAGUUCUUCUACCUGCCCUACUUCGAGAAGUGAGGACAGGAGCCAGGGCAGGCGACCCCGCGCCGGGAGCGGCCCUGCGGCCCCCCGGCGUCCCCCCAGCCUCGGGGAGCCUGCCCGCGGCCUGCUCUGUGCCCGACUUCUCGGGCCGCGGGCCGCCCGGUGGGUGAUGUUUUGUGCUAAUAAAAAGAUGAUUAUCUCCAGCAGGGA